UUGACACAAAAUGGUUGACUACAAAGUGACUGUUUGGACUGACAAUGCAUCCCCUUCCUUCACCUUACACUUGGUCUACAUAUCUCUGCAUGGCACAAAGGGGAAGAGCGAAAGCACAAGUCUUGGCCACUUGUCAGAGUCAUUCAGCAAGGGAAAUAAGUCAACAGUCACUGUGAGCUGCCCUGAAGACAUCGGGGAGCUCGAGAUGAUAAAGCUUGAGAAAGGUCGUAUCAGCUGGACUCAGUGGCUCCCUGGGAUGGUGGAAGUGGAAAAAACUCAGAGCAAACAGGUCUACAGGUUUCCCAUCUACCACUGGAUCUCUAAUGGCAAUAUCAACUUGUUCAGAGAGGGAAAAGCUGUGUUGGACUUUAAAGAGACAGAUCAAAAUCUCAGAACUGUCCGGAAGAGGGAGCUCCGAGAGCAGCAGAGCAUUUACUGCUGGGAUGUCUAUAAGGAAGGAAUUCCGGAAUGUAUGAAAGAAGACUCAAUUUGUUCACUGCCUCAUGAUGACAGCUCCACCAUUGCCAGUAUUAUUUCAACUGGAAUGGAGCACUUAGAUGUUAUAUAUCAGAGGAUUCUUGGAUAUUUUAUGCGUAAUAAAACAUGGAGCAGUUUUGAGGAAAUUGAGAAUUUCUACAAAUGUCUAGUUCCUCCAACACCAGUCCUCGAAAACUGGAGGAAGGACUCCUUCUUUGGAUACCAGUACCUGAACGGGAUCAACCCCAUGGUGAUCAAACGCAUAAGAAGCCUUCCUGAUAACUUUCCUGUUACUGACAAAGUCAUCCAAAAUCCUGCAGUCAGUCUGAACUCAGAAAUGGAGAAAGGAAACAUUUUCCUGUGCGACUACAAGAUUCUGGACGGAGUGGAAACAAACACCAUCAACGACAAGAAGCAGUACUUGGCUGCUCCGCUUGUCCUGCUCCACCAGACUGAAGAGGAGAUGAUGAUGCCCAUCGCUAUUCAGCUGAAGCAGAAACCCGGAGAGGACAACCCCAUCUUUCUUCCCUCUGACUCUGAGCUGGACUGGCUGUUGGCAAAGCUGUAUGUGAGAAGUGCAGAUUUCAACCUGCAUGAGCUCAACUAUCACCUGCUGCGCACUCACCUGCUGGCUGAGGUCUUUGCCGUUGCUCUAAAGAGAAACUUACCCAGAGUUCAUCCUGUUUACAAGAUCCUCAUCCGUCACACACAUGACACUCUGCAGAUCAACGUCUUGGCUCGACAGAGUCUCAUCUCUGAGAAUGGAGUUUUCACCAAUUAUAUAGUUUCCGGGGGAAAAGGUAUGGACACCAUCCUGCAGAGAUCUCUCUCCAACAUCACCUACAAGUCUCUCUGCAUACCUGACGACAUCAAGGAGCGAGGUCUGGAAGAUGUGAAAAACUUCCACUACAGAGAUGAUGGACUGGAGCUGUGGGACAUCAUGCACAGCUUUGUAAAGGAUACUCUCAGCUACUACUAUAAGGAGGACAGUGACGUUAAAAAAGACAAGGAACUGCAGAAGUGGAUCCAGGAAAUCUUUGAACAUGGAUUUCUGAGUGAAACAGAAACUGUCCUCAAAAGUCAAUCAACACAGGAAGAAGAAGCGUCCCAAGAAAAGAGUGAAAAAGGAAAGGAAUCAUCACCUGAAGAAGAGCCGUCCUCAGAUGAUCCUGGAAUCCCACAGAAGUUCAACACUGUGGAUGAGCUGGUCAAGUUUGUUACCAUGGUUAUGUUCACCUGCUCUGUGCAGCAUGCAGCCAUCAACUCUGGACAGAAUGACUAUUAUGGAUUGAUGCUAAACGGCCCCUCCACCAUGCAAAAGCCCCCACCCACCAAGAAGGGAGAGGCGACCGAGGCCUCAAUCAUGGAAGCACUGCCUGACACUCAGACCACAAGUCGCAUCAUGGGGGUAGUUAGGUUGCUCAGCAAAGCUCCCAGUGAUGGUAAAUUUCUUCUGGACUUCCAUGAGGAAUAUUUUAUAGAGAAGGGUCCUUGCAGCGAAAUCCAAAAGUUCCAAGAAAAACUUAAAGCUUUGAGCAAAAAGAUUGAAGACAGGAACAAGGACCUGCCGCUACCGUACAAAUACCUGGAUCCAAAGUCUGUGGAGUGUAGUGUGGAUAUAUAGAGAGCAGACCACAGCAGGAGACCAGCUGGAGAUAUUCACUCUUUCACUGAUUUGCUUUAGGAUGAUUUCAUUCCUUUUUUCCUGUUUUCUUUAUAAAGAAACUUGUUUGUGACAGAAAUUAAUUGGGGUUUUUCUUUGCAGAAUUGGUUCAUGCUGCAGUUUGUGUUUGCUGUUUGACGGUUUGAUGUGUUAAACCAACACUGUAGUUCAACAGUGAUGUUAUUCCUUUAAUAGUUUCUCCUCCUAAAAAUCAAAUGUUAUCUUUCCUAAACUCUUGAGGCAACA